AUGUGUAAAAAUAUCAGAGAUUGGUGUAUUUUAGGGAUAUAUUCUAGAAAUUUAUAUGAUAUAUGGUACCAAAAGAAUAUUGCACCCUGUAUUGAACUAGAAUGGGUACUAAAUAAGAUACUAAAUAAGCCUGCAUUAGAAGAUCAUGAUUUAAAGAUUAUAUAUAUUCCAAGAGAGACAGUAUGCAAAUUAUUUGGAUUAGUAGGAUUAUGCGAUUAUGAUCUAGAAGAGUGCAUAAAUGCUUUAGAUGAUCUAUUUUGUCAUUAUCGUUAUAUUCAAGUUUUUACUGAAACACAAAUAUACUAUGAUGCCGAAUAUCUUCCAGAAUUUAUUUGGUUUUUUAUAAGAAAAUAUAGUUUGAUAUUUUCUACUAGAGAUUCUUCGAUAAAUAUGGAUGUAUCUUUUAGAAUUUUAGUUAUAUAUUUAUGCCACUUAUAUUGUCCAAAUGAGAUAAGACCUUGUAUAAUAUUAGUUGCUGGAACAUCGGGAAGUGGGAAAAGUACUAUUAGCUCAUUUUUAGCUUCAUACUUGAAUACUGAAUGUAUUUUAUCAACAGAUACAAUUAGGCAUAUAUUAAGGUUCACAGAUGAUUAUAAGGAUGAUGCAACUCUUCACUGCUCCACAUAUGAAGUAUACAAAAAUGUUAAUACUCAAAAUAAAAGUAGUGAACAAAUAGAAAUUUCAACUAGUAAAUAUAGUAGAAAAUCCCAAGAUGUUAUAUUAGGAUACUUAAUGCAAUCUAGUUUAAUUGAAGAUUAUAUUUAUGAAAUGGUGAAAACAACUAUACAGAAGCAUCGGAGUAUUAUUGUUGAAGGAGUACAUAUAACACCUGAUCUUAUCAGAAAAAUUCAUAAUUUAGCAUAUACAGCUAGAUCAAAUCUUGUAACUUUUCUUGUAUAUAUAGAGGAUAAGGAAGAACAUUUAAAACGUCUUCAGGAGAGAAGUAGAGGAAUUCUGCAAUCAAAAUAUUCUCAUAAUAUAAAUGAGAUACACACUAUUCAAGAAUACCUUUUAAGUGAGGCUAAGUUAAAUGAAAUGACAAUUUGUAUAAAUAAUACAUCAAGUGAUAUUUAUUCCAUUGUAAAGAAGGUAAUUCUAAAACAAAUCCGAGUAAUCUUUUCUAAGUACUUUUAG